AGGUGAAUGGUAAAAUAGGAGGUCUUCUUUUGACAAAAAACAAAAAAAAUAUGAUGAAGGCAAAAAAAUUACUGACAUUGACAUGACACUGACAAUAUAAACAAAAACAAAUACAUGUGGUGUGUGUGAUUUUUGGUUAAUCUUAAUAAAUAAUUGAGAGAGUCUUAUAGAUUGUUUGCAUGUAUUCCAAAAUAAUUAUACAGCUAUGGGUUUAACCAAGCAAUAUUUACGUUAUGCACCUAGCGGCAUUUUCAAUGUCAUAGCUACAGCGGACUGUAACAGCACACAUGUUUCAUUGAAUGGUAUAUCUGGUAGAUAUAUUGCCGUUGGAGCCUGUGAACAUGUUAUUAUUUGGGAUAUGAGGCUGGGAGAAAAGGCUCAAGUUCUUCCUGGUGAGAAUGUAGUGGUGUCUCAAAUAUGUGCCAGUCCUUCGGGAAAUCAUAUGGCUGUGGGUUAUGUUGAUGGUAAUAUUAAUGUUUUUGAACUUGUCAACAAUGAGGUUGUGUGUGUUUUUGCUGGCCACAAGUCUGCUGUCUCAUGCCUACAAUAUGAUGAACAGGGACAUCGUUUAGUAUCUGGAUCUAAAGAUACAGAAGUAAUACUAUGGGAUGUAGUAUCAGAAACAGGUGUAGCCAGAUUCAGUGGUCACAAAGGAGCAGUAACCAGUGUUCUCUUCAUUAAUGGGAAAAAUUGUUUAAUCAGUUCCUCGAAAGACACCUUUGUAAAGUUUUGGGAUAUUGAAACUAAACACUGCUUUAAAACAUUAGGAGGACAUCAGAUGGAGGUCUGGGCAGCAACACUACUGAAAGAGGAACGGUACUUAGUGACAGGCAGUAUGGACUCUGAGUUAAGAGUUUGGAAACUGAACUGGACCAAUGAUGUGAAGGAAGAAGAUAAACUUGCCCGACAAAUGGAGAUUGUCAAGAUUGAGGAAACUGAGAAUAUUGAAGAUAAUUCGGUAUUGCAAUGUCACCAAGUGGGUACAUUGAUUCGCGGCGGUCGGGGCCGCGUGGUGGGGCUCCAUACCGACCCGGGCCAGACCGUGCUGGCCUGCUAUGGUACUGAUUCAUUACUAGAACUGUUUGCAUUCUGCUCGGAUGAGGAAGCUAAAGCCAGAAUGAACAAGCGGAUAAAAAAGCAAAAGAAAAAAAUAGCAAAACAGAAAGAGAGUGGGGAAGCCGACCCAGACACAGCUGAAGUGGCAGAACUCCUCACUCUGACGGACGAAGUGCGAAGGUUGACGUCUGUCAAGCUCGAGGCUAAGAUAAAAUCCACUUCACUACUGCUGGGGACCACAGGCGAGCUGAGAGUGGGCGUCACACUGGCGAAUAACACCGUCGAGCUUCACAGUUUGAGAUUAGAGGAGGGUCAGGGAGUUCAAUGUUUGAAGCAAAUCACACAGCCUGGCCACCAAAAAGAGCCGCGCGUCGUGGCCAUCAGCUCCGACAACCUGGCCGUGCUGUCGGCGGCCGCGGACUCUGUCAAGCUUUGGAACAGGCCGAACCAGUCGUGCCUGCGCACGAUCCCGCUGGCAGGGUCGCGGCCCAGCUGCGUGUGCUUCGCGCCGGGCGACCGCCACGCGCUGCUGGGCUGCGCGGACGGCGGCGUGCUGCUGCUGGACGUCGCGGCCGCCGCUCUCGUCGAGAGGGUGCCUGCGCACGACGCUGAGUGCAGUGCGAUUGGACUCACGCCUGAUAUGAUGGGUUGUUAUUCCGGCGGCGCAGACAAAACUGUGAAACUAUGGCGAUUUGAACUCAUACCAGACCCAACUGGUGAAUCGAAAGCGAAAGUCCUGUCCUUGUUGCACACUAGAACUUUGGAGCUAGAAGAACAAGUAUUGGCUGUCAAAAUUAGUCCAAACAACAAAUUUAUAGCGGUUUCUCUAAUGGAUUCUACAGUGAAAAUAUUCUUCUUGGACACGUUUAAGUUCUACCUCUCGCUCUACGGCCACAAGCUGCCCGUGCUAUGUCUAGACAUAAGCUACGACUCCACCAUCAUCGCGACUGGUUCCUCGGACCGCAACGUCAAAAUCUGGGGCAUGGACUUCGGCGACUGCCACAAAUCUAUCUUCGCCCACAACGACUCGAUCACCGCGCUCCAAUUUGUGCCGUCCACGCAUUAUUUCUUCACCGGCUCCAAGGACGGCAAAGUGAAGCAGUGGGAUGCAGAUAGUUAUGAUAAUAUCAUCACGUUGAAUGGCCACAGCGGGGAGUGUUGGGGAGUGAGCGUGGGCACGGCGGGGCUGCACGUGGCGUCGUGCGGCGCCGACCGCGCGCUGCGGCUGUUCGUGCGCAGCGACCGCCCGCUCGUGCUCGGCGACCUCGACGAGCUGCAGGAGGGGCUGGCCACCGGCGACACGCAUGCGCCAGUUCCUGGCUUACCUGGAUUAAAUAUGCCUACAAAGAAAACGAUCGGCGCCGAGAAAGCUGCGGACUCUAUCCUGGAGUGCCUGUCGGUGGGGGCGGAGUACCAGCGCUCCGCGGCGGAGGCGCGCGGGCAACGCGUGCAGCCGCCGCUGCUGAUGGCCGCCUACAACUGCGACACGGCUGAGGACUUCUUCGUCGAGAUUGUCAAGAAAAUACGCGCCAGCGACCUGGAAGAAGCGCUUCUGCUUCUGCCGUUCAGUGCAGCGUGCGACAUCGUCCGCAUGCUGCCGAAGCUCCUCGAGCGCGGCGACCACGCGGAGCUGUUCUGCAGACUGGCCGUGUUCCUGCUGCGCGUGCACCACGCGCCGCUGGUGGCCAACCAGGCGCUGCUCAAGCACCUGAUACAGAUACAGGCCAAGGCUGCCAUGAGACUCACUGACCUAAGGGACAUGGUUGGAUUCAACGUCCACGCCUUACACUGGAUGCGGCGCGAGGUGGAAGCGAGAGAGAGCGAGCAGUUGUUCCGCGAGGCCAGCUCCGCGCGCCGCACCAGAGACAAGAGACGGAAGGCCAGACAAGCUGUCAAACGACCUAUCGUUACUGUCACUUAAAUGUCAAUAAAAUUUGUUAAUCUAA